AUGCCUUCCAUCAAAAAACUUCUGCGCAGCGUGGCAUCCAAAUUCAAAUCCAGAGUCUCAAAUUUGAUACAAAAAAACCCUCCGCCUUCGAUUUCCGAUGUCACCAUGGUCAAUGAUUCCUCACAUUUUGAUCAUUGCUUCCCUCCAACUCCAAAGUCUACCCCAGCUAUAGUUGACUCCGACUCUUUUGAUGGCCGCGACAAUAAACCCGCACUUGACGACACAUCAAAAAGCCCCUCUCUGUCGCCUCUAACAUCGAUUGUUCCCGAACCUUCUGAUGACACUUUAGAAGGCUUACGACAAUGUGCAGAGUUUAUCAAUUCUGCGCCCACCAGUUUGUCACCUGCUCCGGAGUCGAUAAAAUCUUCCAGCUCCAAGGUCCCUCGGGGUUCAGGUUCAACCUGCGACUGGGACGACCAAGAGCCGUUUGUGACAUAUAAGCAUAAGAUCAUUCAGCUAUGUCAUGACCUUGAUCUCGGUGAGCCCUCGAAAAUUGAGCGUAUGAGAGGAGGUAGUUUCAAUAGAGUCGUCUGUCUUUCACUUCCUUCUAAAGACAAUCAGGACUAUGUUCUUCGUAUUCCUCGAAACCUUGAUACGAAUGAAAGUACGAGAGAUCAGGUUGCAAUCCUACAUUAUCUCGCCCCAUUGAUGCCGGUUCCCGCUGUUGUGGCCUUUGAUUCCACCUCAGACAAUGUCAUUGGUCGUCCAUACAUCCUUCAAGGGAAGCUCAAGGGAGUAAACGCUGGAUCAGUUUAUUACGACUUGCCUUCCGAUGAGAAAAAGCAAUUCGUCAAGUUGAUUGCUGAUAUCAUUAAGAAGUUGAAUAAUUUGAAGAUCGAUCGACCAGGACAACUUGUUGCAGGUCCUUCCAUUCCUUCUAUCUCUCAUGAGCCACUCACCAUCCCAACCGAUAUUGAAGUCACCGGCUACCGCUUCAGCCCGCAUGAUGCAUUAGAAGUCAUGUCCAGCCAGAAAAAUCAACCACUCUCAUCACUUUUGGCCUCAAUCUUUGAAGAACGCAAAACAGUCGACGAGGACUUUAUGGAUAUCCAGUGGAACAAGCUCUUGAAGAUCACAGAUGAAAUGAAAACUGCCGGAUUGUUCUCAAAUAACGACACCGAUUGUGUUGUAUGGCAUUGGGAUCUUACAUUUCGGAACAUCAUGGUUGAAAAGCAAUCAAAUGGGCAAUGGACUUUGACUGGUGUGCUGGAUUGGGAUGGGCUUUUGUCUGCACCAUCCGUUAUGACUAGAGCUCCACCUGUCUGGCUAUGGAUUGAAGAAAACGACCGCUCAAGCAAAUGGCAUGAGGGUCUAGGCAACAAUGAUAUUCAGCCAGCUCGGGAACUCACCAUGGAAGAACUUGUCCUUAAAGCUUCUUUUGAGCAAAUUUUGCAACGCGCAGACCAGAAUUAUAUGGCUGAUGCUUAUGGCCGAGGUGUAUGGAUUCGACGACUUGUCAAGUUUGCUCUUGAGGGGUUUGGUCAAAGCAGUCAUUACAUUAUGUUGCAAGUGUUAGUCCGCGAAUGGGAAGCCUACUAUCAGUCUUUAGAGCUUGGAUCGGAUGGUUUAGAUGAUGAUGAGAAGCUUGAAUCUUCCAGUGUCACACGUGGCUCAAAUAACUCCAAUCAAUCAAGCGCUUCGUCAACCUAUGAAUAUGGACAGGAGGCAUUUGAAACAUACAAGUUGAAAGUCGCCCAACUUUGUCAGAACAUCGGAUUCGGUUCUCCAUCGAAUGUUGAGCGAAUGGAAGGUGGAAGCUUUAAUCGAGUCAUCGGACUCACAUUUCCGGGACAGUCUGAAGAUCGAAAUUUUGUUCUCCGAAUUCCACGCGUGCCAUUUGAAGAUUAUGAAUUACAUAAAUUACGCGACCAGGUUGCCACACUAUUGUUUCUUAAACAAUUCGAUUUUCUCUGUGUGCCAACCAUUGAAGCUAUCGAUUCUACUGUGGACAAUGCCAUUGCAUCUCAGUACGUUCUGCAAAAGAAAAUCACCGGAAAACCUCUCGGGGAUGUUUUCCCCACUCUUCCGCUUGCUGGAAAGCUUGAACUCACAACUCUCGUGGCUCGACUCUUGAUUAAAAUGGAGGAUAUCACCUUUGAAGACCCCGGUGUACUUUCUGGUGCGCAGCCUUUGCCAUGGGUUUCCACAUCUGUUCAUCAAUCGAGUUCACCGCCAGUAAUAUCAGGCUUUCGUUUAAACCCCAAGACAGUCGGUCCACCCCUCCGAAAGCAAGGUCUUGAAUCUUUGCUCCUCAACCUCAUCAGCGAGCGGAAGAAAGAUGACAUCAUGUGCGACAAUAUAGUCUCAAUAUGGAACCAGGCUCUAGAUGUUUUAAAGCAGAUGGAGCAGAUUGGCUUCUUCAAGGAUUCUGAUUCGACAAAUAUCUUGUGGAAUUGGGAUAUCUGCUCGCGACAUAUCUUCAUUGAAAGAGAUGAUUCUCUAACCCCCGCUGUCCCUUGUUCAGGUUCGACAUCAGAUGCCACACAGCCACCCAGCCCUGAUAAUUUGGGUGAUCACAAUACUGAAAGUGAGCCUGAUAUUAACGAUGAAGCUUCUCAAGAUCCUGAUAGCCAAACUCAAGCUACAAGUGGGGGGUGGAAAGUUACUGGAAUCAUCGACUGGGAUGAUGUCAUGUCAGUCCCACGUGUCAUUACUAGAAUCCCAAGAACCUGGCUCUGGUUUGACGAUUAUGAACGCACUACAUGUUGGAAUGGAGUCCGCGAAACUCCUCCUCAACGACCACUCACCGAGGAUGAACUUGCAAUCAAGAAUCAUUUUGAUCAGAUCAUGCAACAAGCUGAUCCCAACUAUAUGAACGAUACCUACUUUAGAGGUGUUUGGAUUCGCCGAUUGUUCGGCUUUACGGAAACUGGAUUUCAUGAUAGCCAACAUCUUAAAGAUUUCCAAAAAUAUAUGAGAGAAUGGAAAAAUUACUUCGAUGGUCAUGUCUUAAUGAAACCCGAUAGAUAUGGAGCUGAUUGCGAGUCGGACAACGAAUCGGAGUAA